AAAUUCCCCCGAGGCGGAGACAAUGAAUGCAAAGUAGCUCAGGCAUGGCAACGAUGCGGCGUUAGCUUCUGGCUUGAAAUUAUUGUGAGCAGCGAGCAGUUGGAAGUUGGAUCGCGAGCGAGAGAGACGGAGAAAACGAGAUGCUCUCUUUCUCCACUAAUAAUACAGUAGACAUCGAGGCGGUGUUUCUUGCCUUAACUGCUAUUAUUAGUAGUAGCCGAGGCUUAUCUACUGCUGAUGUGGUGUUAUAGGAGUGCGAUGUUGAUGGGUGCUUAAUCAACCGGAGUUGGUUACCAAUGAAUGUCAUGAUCAUGGAUCGUGAAGAGACUGACAGGUGGGAGUCUGUGUCUCACGUCGCUGCCUCCAAGAUAGCGAUGGUCACCACUCAGCUGGCCGAACGACUGGCCGCAGAAUGGAACGUAACGCCAACUGUCACGCAAACCAACCUCGAGAUGCAACACGAUCUCACCCACGAUGUCGCCGCCGUCCUCAGCGACGAUACGAACAUUGACCACCAAACCGAAACAGCCAUCGUUGCGCUCAAAGCGGUCCUGGUCAUUUUUCUCGCUUUUCUUGUAACUCUAUCAAAUGCAGUUGUAAUACACGUGAUGAGACUUGAUCGCAGUUUACACACCGUGGGGAAUUUAUUUACUGCCAGUCUUGCUAUCGCAGAUCUCUGUGUUGGUAUAUUUGUAAUACCUUUUAAUGUUUUUGAUAUUUUAUCGGUGCGAGGAUGGCAGGCCCAUCCAAACGCAGCAAGGAGUAUCUGGAUAACAAUGGACUACUUUUUCACCACGGCAAGUAUUAUGAACUUAGUGUUACUCAAUCUCGAUCGCUUCUGGUCGAUCACGUCACCUAUAAAAUAUAUUCGACAACGAACUCGGCGACGAGCCUUGCUCCUGAUUUCGUGUGUGUGGGGCGUGCCUGUUGUAUUUAUAUGUGGUCCUGCUACCACGUGGAAAUUUGCCUUCACUAAUGUUCCUGUGCCGUCUCGCACUGUGUUCGUCAGUUUUUCUGUCGGCUCGUGGUUGAUGGCCGCCGGUGCCGUCUUUAUUUACAUCAUUCCACUCUUCGUACUUUGUGCAAUUUAUUCUCAAAUCUACCGCGCCAUUCAUCGUCGAUCUAAGAUGGACGUGGGCCGUUCGAGUAUCGCAAGCAGUGCCAUGUCAACACGGCCUGGAAGCUCGCGACGGGACAGCGAAUCUCAACAUAAUUUUAUUACGGAGCAUGAGCUUCAGAGAUUGAAGGGUAUCUAUGAGAAGACCGUCCGAAGGGAGCGAGGAGAGCGACAGCUGAUGGCGAUAAUAAGGAGACGCAGCCGAGGUUAUGGAACAGGAGCUCGUGAAAUAAGACGAUACGCGAGCAUUGACGAGGAGGAUCACGAAGUCCGUGGCGAUGAGAACGAAGAAAACGAAGCCGAAGACCGUCAUGAGGACCAUGGAUCUGGCGAAGGUGGUAGUAUUUAUGAAGGGGUCAAUUAUAACUCUGCGCCAUCGAGUGAUGGAAAGCUAGCAGACGCCGAGUCAAACGAUGCCGAACAUGAUGACGAUGGAAGCAUAGGGCCUUAUGAGAUACGUGAAGGGGAAAAAAAAGCUCUGAUGACGAGGGUGGAUAAUACAGAAAACGAACAUCGAAUACCAAUUCUAGGAACAAAUAGAGAAGACACAGAACUAAAUAUUUCGCCAAUCAUUCGAGCAAGGAGAAAAAUUGAUCGAAUGUCUAUUGACUCUGCAAUUAGCAACCCCAAGCCUCAUCUUUCUCCUCAUUCGCUUAAUCCGGAUCGAUUAGAAUGUGAUUUGUUUUCAAAUGGAAUGGUCAUGUGCCCGAAUUGUCCGAAUAGCCGCGGUUCGAGCCGAGGCUCGAGUCCGAAUAGGCGACUCGGAGCGAGUGUGGACAGCACGUGCGAGAGUAUGAAUCGACUGAAUAGGUCACCGGCCAAAAAUCAACCCCCUUCGAUCCCCACGACGCCGGAGAGAGCAGUGACCGAAACCUCCAACUUGCAACCAAAUACAGACCAAAUUGUGCCCCUUCGUCAAAAUGGAGACGUCAUGCACUGUAACGGGAUAGUCCAAAAGCCAUUUACGGAGUCGAUAUUGACGUCGAUGCAAGAAAGUUCAUUUACGACUUCAAGCGAAAAUAUCGAGACAUCACCCCGGAGUGACGAACGAUCGAUCUCUCCGACGGAGAGUGAUCAUGUUAUCCUAUCCGAUAUCGACAGUGAUACGAGGCUACCAGACCCUCCCAAACGUCGGACAUCAUUUUCAUUUGAUCUCAUCAACGAGGUCACUCAUUGUCGAUGUAAUACCGUAGUCGGUAGUCGACGAACGACGUCGAGGAGCUUAUCGUAUCCAAAAAGUGAUAACAGUACUUCGCUUACAUUUCCAAUGGAUGUCUCAUCCAUGAACGGAUUCCGUAGUCGUGUUCGCAAGUCGCUAACCUCUUCCUUCACGGCUCUAAGCGGACGAGGGAGCAAAGCGUUGAUGCUAUUGCGCAAACAGGACAAAGCUGCAAAACAACUGGGGAUAAUCCUGACUUGUCUCAUUGUCUGUUGGACGCCAUAUUUCUUCCAAGUGCUACUUUAUUCCUUCAUGUAUGACGUCAUUAAUAUCACGGCUAUGACGAUAUCAGUGUACUUGGGCUACGCGCACUCGUUUCUCAAUCCUGUUCUGUACGCGCUCUUUAACCUGAGAUUUCAGAGAGCGUUCAGACACGUUCUAUGCGCAUGCUGUGUUCGCACUCAGACAUCACCGCGUCUGCCGUGUAGCGUUCCACCGUCUCUCAUCUGA